AUGGUAAUGAUUGGGAAUAAUGAGAGGGAGAUAAAGGAGCUUAAGAGGAAAUUAUUCAUGGAGUUCGAGAUGAAGAAUUUGGGGAACUUGAAGUACUUCCUUGGUAUAGAAGUUUUCCGGUCCAAGAAGGGAAUCUUCAUCAAUCAAAAGAAAUAUGUCUUAAAUAUGUUAGCAGAGGUAGGUAUGCUUGACUGUAAACCAGCAGAAACACCAAUCGUUGCUAAUCAUAAACUCCAGACAACACCUGGAGAAGAACCAGCUGACAAGGAGAAGUAUCAAAAACUGGUGGGCAAACUGAUCUAUCUAUCUCACACUAGACCCGACAUAUCAUAUGCAGUUGGGGUUGUGAGUCGAUUCAUGCACUUACUACAGAUUCCACAUAUGGAAGCAGUGGUAAGAAUCUUGAGAUACUUGAAAGGCACAAGUGAUAGAGGAGUCUUCUUUGGCAAAAACCAUCACCUUGACCUCGUAGCUUAUACAGAUGCUGAUUGGUCAGGUGAUCGAGACAGUAGGAAAUCUACAUCUGGAUACUUCACCCUUGUAGGGGGUAACUUGGUUACUUGGAGGAGUAAGAAACAGAAAGUAGUCGCAUUAUCAAGUGCAGAAGCAGAGUUCAGAGGGGUAGCAAAAGAAAUAACAGAGAUUCUAUGUCUAAGAAAACUCUUAUACGAACUCGACUUUCCGCCAACAGAAGCAUGCAAGUUAUUCUGUGACAAUAAAGCAGCUAUUGAUAUCUCAGAAAAUCCAAGUUAG